UCCGUAAAAUGUGUACGGAAGUGUUACUACAACUAUGCUGCUUCUAGCUUCUGCUGCAGUUCACCAUAUCUAAUUUCAAACUUUUCGUUAGGAAUAAUGCGCUUUUAUCACCCCUUUUAAAGCAGCCACCACCGACGGGUUUUACGGAGUGACUCCAAAAUGAUUUUUAUUUGUAGAAAGCAGCAGAAAAGUUGUUGACUUAACGCUUUUAAGUCGAGUCAGAGGAAGUCCAAGAUGAGUACUCAGGAUGUACUGAAGAAUGCGUCCACUCUUGCGUCGUAUAAUGUGUUGCUACAGGUGAUGUUCCGUGUCCUGACCUUUUUGCUGAAUGCUUUUACCCUCCGAUUUGUGUCCAAAGAACUGAUAGGUGUUGUCAAUGUCAGGCUUACACUACUGUACUCCACAUUAGUGUUUUUAUCCAGAGAAGCUUUCCGGAGAGCCUGUCUAAGUGGAGUUUCUGGGACAAACCACAGCUGGAGACAAGUUAUCAACCUGCUAUGGCUGACGUUGCCUCUUGGUUUAUUAUGGGCUGCCUUGCUCAUCUGGGUAUGGCUGUGGCUGCUGGAGGUCCCAGACCCCCAGACUAUCCCUUACUACGGCCCUGCUGUGGUGCUAUUUGCUUUGUCAGGAGUGCAGGAGCUCCUGGCUGAGCCCCUCUGGGUCCUGGCCCAAGCUCACAUGUUUGUCCGUCUGAAAGUGGUCGCUGAGAGUUUAGCAAUGAUCGCUAAGUGCAGCAUAACUGUGGUGCUGGUGGUGUUUGCCCGUGAAUGGGGCCUUUACAUCUUCUCUGCUGCUCACUUGGUGUACACAGCGUUCCUGGUGUUCUGCUACGCUGGUUACUUCAUUCGUUUCCUGGGCUCUAAAGAGGCAGCGGAGAAGGGUUUUCCCCUGCACAGUGUCAAAGAUUUCUUGCCCCGUAGAGCCAAAGGAGAGCCGUUAGUUGAUUGGAGUCUGGCCCGGCUCACAUGGAGCUUCUUCAAGCAGUCCUUCUUAAAGCAGAUCCUGACAGAGGGAGAGCGGUACGUCAUGACCUUCCUAAACGUCCUCAGCUUUGGAGACCAGGGAGUUUAUGAUAUCGUCAAUAAUCUGGGCUCCAUGGUGGCUCGCUUUAUCUUCUUGCCUAUCGAGGAAAGCUUCUACAUCUUCUUUGCCAAAGUGCUGGAGCGGGGACGUGGUGUCAAAAGUCAAAGACAGGAAGACGUUGCCGUUGCAGCAGAGGUCCUGGAGUGUCUGCUGAAACUGGUGCUUGUGGUUGGUCUGAUCAUCUCUGUGUUUGGCUACGCAUACUCUCACUUGGCUCUGGACAUUUAUGGUGGCUCGCUACUAAGCAGUGGGGCAGGGCCCACUUUGCUGCGAUUCUACAGCUGCUAUGUUCUCCUCCUCGCUGUGAAUGGUGUAACAGAGUGCUUUGUAUUUGCUGCCAUGAGCCAACGAGAGGUUGACAAGUAUAACUUGGUGAUGCUGGCCCUGUCUCUGUCUUUCCUGUUCCUGUCCUACAUGCUGACAUGGUGGGCUGGCAGUGUGGGCUUCAUACUGGCAAACUGCCUUAACAUGGCCCUCCGCAUCUUGCACAGCGUUCUUUACAUUCACCGCUACUUCCUGUCCAGUCAGUGGAAACCUCUGCAAGGUCUGCUGCCCUCCCCGUUCCUACUGCUGGCACUGGCUGUCAGUGCCGUGGUCACAGCGCUGUCUGAGGGUGUGUUCUGCUGUGACAGCGGCUGGUUGCUAAGGCUGGUCCAUAUCAGUGUUGGAGCAGCGUGUCUUCUCGGUGUGUUAGUGGCUGUUUUUCUCACAGAGACUCAGCUCAUUCAGUUCAUAAGGACUCAGCUCUUGCCAACAUACAGAAAGAAACGCACUUAAACUGAAGUGGAAAUUGGUGGACUGGACUGGAAGAAAGCUUCUAACAAGAGCUGCUGAGUGACAGUUACUGACUGUGAAAGCAUCAUGGGAACAACUUUUUUAAACUGACCUUAGGUGUUUGUGUGUGUGUGUGUGUCUGACUGUGUCUUUGUGUGAUUGCGUGUAUGAUCCUGUGUUGGCCCAUUUAAAUAUAUACAAACAUGUCAUGAUGUAUAUAUUGUAUUAAAUCUUCUGUUCUAAUUGUGGCCGAUAAAGAAAUGAAUGUAUUGUAAGAAAAGUGAUUUUGUUAAAGGAAUUUAUCGCCAUACUCAGUAAAACAAGACAAACACAUUUAUAUGUGUAGUGUUGUAAUUACUUAUGAGGUAAAAACAUAAGGUGUUUAAACUGAAAGAAGCCCAAAGGUUUAAUUUUUUUGUAAGGCUAUCUUUAGAUCCAUUAUUUUUGCUCACAUGCUUUGUUUUCCACAAGGUAAAGAAGCAGGGGGAAUUUUGUUUCAUACUCCAUUAACAAAGCAUAAUGGUACAUAACUAUUUCAAUUUUCCAUUGCCUCAAAUGUCUAUGCACUUCUAGAGGCUGGGUUUUCACAGCACGUUUGCACCAGCUUUUUGACAGACUUUGACUUUAUGGACUGUAGGUAGGUUUCAGUUAAGCCACUGUUUGACCUGUUGCUUGGAAACACUUUCUUGUUAGUCCUCCCUUUGUACUUAUGGCCGCUGAAAUAAGGGUCCCUGAGGGCUGAAUAAUGAUGUAAUUAUGGAGAAUGAGCAUGAAGGGGUGGGAACAACAUUCUUCUCU